CACAGCGCCGGGCAGGGCGGCAGGGCGGCAGGGAGGAGGAAGAGGAGGAGGAGGAGGAGAGGAGGAGAGGAGGAUGGGCCGGCGGCGAGCGGCGGCGGCGGCCGGGCGGCUGGCGCAGCCCGAACCCAGCGGCAUGGAGCCCGGCGCCGGUGCAGAAUGAAGGGUGCCUGCCGCCCCCCCCGCAGACAUGUCUGUGCCUUUACUCAAGAUUGGAGUCGUCCUCAGCACCAUGGCCAUGAUCACCAACUGGAUGUCGCAGACGCUGCCCUCCCUCGUGGGGCUCAACACCACCAAACUCACGGCGGCCACGGGCGGCACCUUGGACCGCAGCACGGGAGUGUUGCCUACCAACCCAGAGGAAAGCUGGCAGGUGUACAGCUCUGCCCAGGACAGCGAGGGACGUUGUAUAUGCACAGUGGUGGCACCUCAGCAGACGAUGUGCUCGCGUGAUGCCAGGACAAAGCAGCUGAGACAACUCCUAGAAAAGGUGCAAAACAUGUCCCAGUCGAUAGAGGUGUUGGACAGGAGGACUCAGAGAGACCUACAGUACGUGGAGAAGAUGGAAAACCAGAUGAGGGGACUGGAAUCCAAAUUUAAGCAAGUGGAAGAAAGCCACAAGCAGCACCUGGCAAGGCAGUUUAAGGCAAUAAAAGCGAAAAUGGAGGAACUUAGGCCUUUGAUACCAGUGUUGGAAGAGUACAAAGCCGAUGCCAAAUUGGUAUUGCAGUUUAAAGAGGAGGUCCAGAAUCUGACGUCAGUUCUAAACGAACUCCAGGAGGAGAUUGGCGCCUAUGACUACGAAGAGCUUCAGAACAGAGUGUCAAAUCUUGAAGAAAGGCUCCGUGCAUGCAUGCAAAAAUUAGCCUGUGGGAAGCUGACGGGAAUCAGUGACCCGAUCACAAUUAAAACCUCGGGGUCCCGCUUUGGAUCGUGGAUGACGGAUCCCCUGGCUCCCGAGGGAGAGAACAAGGUCUGGUACAUGGACAGCUACCACAACAACCGCUUCGUGCGCGAGUACAAAUCCAUGGCGGAUUUCAUGAACACCGACAACUUCACCUCCCACCGCCUCCCCCACCCGUGGUCGGGCACGGGCCAGGUUGUCUACAACGGCUCCAUCUACUUCAACAAAUACCAAAGCCACAUCAUCAUCAGGUUCGACUUGAAAACGGAGACCAUCCUCAAGACGCGCAGCCUGGACUACGCCGGCUACAACAACAUGUACCACUACGCCUGGGGCGGCCACUCGGACAUCGACCUCAUGGUGGACGAGAACGGGCUCUGGGCCGUCUACGCCACCAACCAGAACGCCGGCAACAUCGUCAUCAGCAAGCUGGACCCCAACACGCUGCAGAGCCUGCAGACCUGGAACACCAGCUACCCCAAGCGCAGCGCCGGCGAGGCCUUCAUCAUCUGCGGCACGCUCUACGUCACCAACGGCUACUCGGGCGGCACCAAGGUGCACUACGCCUACCAGACCAACGCCUCCACCUACGAGUACAUCGACAUCCCCUUCCAGAACAAGUACUCCCACAUCUCCAUGUUGGACUACAACCCCAAGGAUCGGGCUCUCUACGCCUGGAACAACGGGCAUCAGAUCCUGUACAACGUCACCCUCUUCCACGUCAUCCGCUCCGACGAGUUGUAGCCCGGCUUUGGGUUAGAAACUUGGGUUUUGG